GAAAAACGUUUAUUAAGUGGCUCCAAUGGUCACUUCACUCUCAACCACCACUCACAAUCUUAAAAGAUGAUAUGCGCAAGAAUCCGACCGCUAAUUUCGUCACCACUAGCUUUCACUAUCUCAACAACCAAACACUCCAGAAUCAAUCUCCGAUUACUCCCUCGCCGCUCCUUCUCCGUCAUGUCUUCUUCAACCCCACAGAGUCAGAUCAUAGAACACAUCGUCUUAUUCAAAACCAAAGACGACGCUGACUCCACCAAAAUCACCUCCAUGAUCAACAACCUCAACGCUCUUGCAUAUCUCGAUCAAGUGCUUCACAUCUCCACCUCUCCUCUCCACCGUAUCUCCUCCGCUACCGCCUUCACUCACGUACUCCAUAGCCGUUACGAAUCUAAAGAAGAUCUAGCCUCCUACGCUGCACAUCCAGAUCACGUUCGUGUUGUUAAGGAAUCUGUGUUACCGAUCUGUGAUGAUAUCAUGGCUGUUGAUUGGAUCGCUGAUCGAAUCCCCGGAACCGUAGCGCCGCUUCCUGGUUCGGUUGCUAAACUCACAUUGCUCAAAUUGAAAGAGGAUGUAGCAGAUGAGGCGAAAUCGGAGAUUACGGGAGUGAUUAAGGGACUAAGUGAGAAAUUUCCAGGGAUUGAUCAGAUUACUGUUGGAGAAAACUUUUCUCCUGCUAGAGCUAAAGGUUUCUCUAUUGCUUCGAUUGCGUAUUUCAAGGAUUUGAGUGAAAUGGAAGCUGUGGAUGCUCAGAAAGAGUUGGUGAAUUCGCAAAAGGAUAAGGUUCGUGAUUAUGUGGAUUCUACCAUUGUUGUUGAGUUCGUUGUGCCGUCUUCUUCACAGUCUUCUAGUCUGUAGAAAGUUUCAAUUUCAAUCCCUUGAAAGCUUUGGGACCUGUUUGUUAUUUGAGAAUAAAGAAACUUGAGUGUGAUGAUAUAUGCUUCUGUUUCAUUAUCUUCUUAUCUCUCGGUGAGGAACUCUGUUGGAAUAAGAAUUUUUAAGCACUAAGAAACUUUGAGCAAUCAGUAUGACUUAUGGUAUUGUAGUGAAGCUGCAUCAGCUACUCUUAAAAUUGCACACUGAUGCUAACAAAGCCCACAUUAUGGAAUCUUGGCUUCUUCGUGAUAUAGGUGUAGUAGUAGGAUCUAUUCUUUUUUAUUCUCUACUGUCUUAAAUGUCGAUGCAAUCGUUUUAGUCUCAAAUGUCGAUUACAUGCUUGAUUGUUGUUGACUGUUAGAGUGUGUUCUUCACAUCUUACUGGUUUUGUCUCUUGAAUGCCUGCUACUCUCUCCAUCUUGGAAUGAAAUUUCC